AUGCACGCGUUAACUGUUUUCACCCACAUAAUGGCGGUGGCGUUCUGCGCGGUGGUCUUUGCGCAGAAAGACACGUUAAACUCCACUGACAUGUCUACAAUGCCAAAAAUCGAAACAUCCACGAUACUGACGUGCAGCACUGCGAGAAGAGACAUCGGCACGUGCGUCGGAAGGGAGCGCUGUGACUAUGGUACUGCAUCCAUAGACUUCACACUCUAUGUCCCCAGCGAUUACAUAAGGUCAAACAACGAGCCGUUC